AUGGACCCCCAUUUAAUCAACGUAACCACCACCCCCAGAGGCAUCACCACCAUCACCAUCACACGCCCCCACCGCCGCAACGCCGUCAACCCAGCCACCGCGCGCGCACUUCGCCAUCCUCACAGGCGCGGGCGGCACAUUCUGCGCGGGCGCCGACCUCAUCGACCUCACCGCCGCCGCCCCGCCGCCGCGGCGCAGCAACCCCGCGCUCCCAAGGACAACGACAACGACAACGACGACAACAAUGCCUCCCACGCCAACCACCUCGAACCCGUGCAAGGGCGCAACAUUGGCCCCAUGGGCCCGUCACGCCUGCGCGUGACCAAGCCCGUCAUCGCCGCGGUGGCGGGCCACGCCGUCGCGGGCGGCCUCGAACUCAGUCUCGUGGCCGACAUGCGCGUGGUGGAAGAGGACGCCGUCUUCGGCGUGUACUGUCGGCGGUGGGGCGUGCCGCUGAUCGACGGCGGCACCGUGCGGCUGCAGGCGAUCGUCGGGCUCGGAAGGGCGCUGGACAUGAUCCUCACGGGGAGGGGGGUGUCGGCCGCCGAGGCCCACGCCAUGGGGUUGGCGAACCGCGUGGUGGCUCGGGGCAAGGCGCUCGAGGAGGCGACGCGCAUCGCCGAGCAGCUUGUCGAGUUCCCCAACGGGUGCAUGCUCGCGGAUCGCGCGUCGUGCUACUAUGCUGCGUUUGACGCGUCCGGGUUCGAGGAUGCCAUGCGGAGGGAGUACGAUGAGGGCGUCGGCGUCGUGGAGCGCGAGGGCAUGGCUGGGGCGGCGAGGUUCGCGGGCGGUCAGGGCCGGGGCGGCGUGUUUGGGAAGUCGAAGUUGUGA